CGAGAAGGGAGAGAGAAUGGAAGCCCGCAGGCCGCUGUCGCCACGCCUCCACCGGAGCCGGAGCGGAACGCCGAGGCUCUGCCAACUUUCCGCCGCUGAGAACCCGCCCUUCUCUCCCAACCUCGCCCGCUCCAAGUCCGCUUCCAAGUCCCGGCCACCGCCGUCCCUUGACGCCGCCACGCCCCGCCGCCUCCCCAAGGAGAACAGCGAGUCCCCUCCCCCCCGCCCGACGCCAGAAUCCUGUGGGAGCUCUAGGAGGGCGGCGGUGCGGCCCUGCUCCGCGGUCCCCUCGGCCUGGGCGCUCUCCCCGGGCCGCUCGCCGCGGGAGUCGCCGGAGAGCAGAGGGAGGCCCCGAGUCGGAGGCGUGUUGGGAUUGUUUAGGAGGAAGAAGGAACCUUCGGCGAGGGAGGAGGCCGCGCACCAGCUCAGGAUGCUGACGGCGAGGCUGCUGCAGUGGAGGUUCGCCAACGCGCGAGCGGAGGCGGCCAUCGAGUGCACGAAGUUUAAAGCCGAGAAGAAAUUGUUCUAUGCAUGGUUGAAGGUGAAUGAACUACGGAAUAUAGUAGCAGCCAAGAGGAUCCUGAUUCAAAGGCGAAAGCACAAGAUGAAGGUGGCUCGGAUCCUUAGCCCUCAAAUCCGGCUCCUAGAGCAGUGGGAACCACAUGCCAAAAGACACCUUGAAGCUACUGCUGCAUUAGGGAGGGUCUUGGGAACCAUAUGCCUUGCAAUUCCCUUGACUGAGGGUGCACAGGCCAACAUGAUCUCAGUACAUAGAUAUACUUGUAUAGCAAUGGACAUUAUGAGAGAAACAGAAGCUAACGCCAGGAUAUUUUAUUCCAAGCAGGUUGAGAAUAUAAGCUCUAUGCUUUGCGAGCUAGUGAGUACAGUACGACAAGAAAUAGAAGGUCUGGAGGAACUAAUGAAGAUUAGUGAAGUUAUCACUUCACUAGAGAUGCAAGAAACAAGCAUUCGGGCAAACAUGAUUCAAGCAAUGAAAGAACAAGAACAAGUCAAUGCUUAUCUCGACUAUGAGCUAGUGCUUUACACAAAUAGCUUUCACAUUGAUAGCAAUAUCCAAGUGAAAGGAUGCCAUGAUUGGAACAAGUUUCUGACUCCCUUGUUGCAGGCAAACUAAGGUAGAAUGACAAAUGGGGAAGGGAAAUGAUUGAAUAGGAUAUUUAACCUUAUAAAUUAUGAAGCAAGUGUAGAAUAGGAGUCCUCCAAAUAUUACAAAUUUUGGAGAAGUAUCUUUAUUAUGCUCUUUGUGGGAUUUAAUUAUGCCCCGGCGUCCUCCAAAUAUUACAAAUUUUGGAGAAGUAUAUUUAUUAUGCUCUUUGUGGGAUUUAAUUAAGCCCCGGCUCUUGUAUAUUUAUCAAUUUCAAUUGUGGACAUGCCUUCUGAGUGAAAAUUGAUUGGGCUAAAUUAUUGCAACAAGUUGUAUUGGCAUUAUAAAGCAUUAUCAAUAAAGGAUUAUGUGGUUCAAGUA